AAUCUCAACUUCCGAAGUGGGAGGAAGUUCGUCUGGUGUUCUAUGGUGUCUCUGCAUCCUCGGUGUACAUCACGAUCAAAACACUGUCCCAUCUGCGCUAAGUGCCUGCGCUCUUCAGCAUGAACCGAAAAAGAAACCACUGCUAUUUGGAAACAGGGCCGUCCUCGGAGUCCCAGGCCGCGUUUAUGGACAACACAAGGUCCUUCAGCCGAGACGAGGAGGAUUUCUCCGAGCUCGAGCCCGACGAGCAGCUGGUGUGCUCGGUGACCGAGAUCACGGAGCACCUGGGCAGGAACAUCACGGUGGUGCUAGAGUCCGCGCUGUCCGAGAUACGCAAGCUGGUCAGCGUCCGGAUCAGAGUCCUGAAGAUGGAGCUCCGCGAGAAGACCGACGAGAUCGAGCUGCUGAAAGCCAAGCUGGAGUCCACGGAGAAAGAUGGGAGGGUUUCUAACUCCAGCAGCCUGGACUUCAGGAAAGCAGAGCAUCAAACAGGCCAGAAAUACAGCGCCGACCCGAAGAAAGCUAAAUCCGGGACGCCCGUGGUUAAGAAGGAGAAUAUCAACGCGAUCUGCGACUAUCUGAUGAAGGAUAAGAACCAGCGGGGUGCUGCUGAAGUGGAGAGCGACCACAGCAAUCAGGCCUUUGGGUCCGAACGGGACAUGCGGACCGAACCGCAGCCGCACGCGUCUCUGAGCCUGUGGACGGACAGCGGUCCCGCGGACACCGACGCUGACUCGGACAUUUUCAGCAUGCUGCCGUCCGCCAGCAAGCGCAUAUAUGACUACGAGUGGAUGACAGGGGUCGAACUCAACUCAGCUGAGUUUAAAGGUGAUAAUGAAACCAAAUGCGAAGAUGUUCCCACUGUGGAUGAGGAGGAUGACACUGAAGACUCUGAAGGAGGGAGAGCAAGUUUGAGGUCAGUGUCCGAUCAUUUUCCUCUGGACACUCAGGGCUCCCCGCGGGAAGACAGGAGCAGCCCAGCGGAGGACAGUGUGGACAGAGUGGAGUCAGGUCAGCAGUUCUCCUCUCACACCUUCAUCUGCCCCUUCUGUGGAACUCUUUGCCCUGACGCCUCUUUCCUGGAGGAACACAUCAAGCUCAUGCAUCAUGACGAGAGCACUCUGCAGUCGGCCCCGGGCAGUUCUUCCUCUCAUGCAGAGGCCGAGGCAGGCCGAGCUCUGGGAGGCCCAGAAAGACCUGUUGGCCGGGGAGCACGGGAGAAGAAAGUGGAGGGUGGCUAUGAGUGCGGCGACUGCGGCCGUCAUUUCAACUAUCUUGGCAACUUGCGGCAGCACCAGCGCAUCCACACCGGCGAGAAGCCUUUCGUUUGCCCUGAGUGCGGAGAGCGUUUCCGGCACGCUGCGCGUCUCAAGAGCCACCGUCUCAGCCACAGCGGAGCCCAGAGCCCCUUCCCCUGCCCCCAGUGCGGUAAGGGCUUCCCAGUACUGUCCGGACUGAAACGCCACCAGCGUGUGCAUACGGGAGAGAGUCCAUACGCUUGUCCUCAAUGCGGCCGCAGAUUUAAAGAGCUGGGCAACUUAUACACACACAUGCGCAUUCACAGCGGCGCUACGCCCUACUCUUGCUACCAGUGUGGGCGGAGCUUCAGGCAUCUAGGCACAUAUAAGAGUCAUCGCUGUAUGCCGGCUACCCAGUUAGCCAGUGGGCACAGUCCAGCAUGGGCCCAGGAAGACAAGGUGCAAACCGGGUAACAGCCUGGUGACAGAUAUGUUCAAAAAGUGGUUUGUUACUUUCUCGACUGCUGGUUCAGGAUCAGUUUCAAGUCUGAGAAAAAAAAGCUCGGCUGAAGAAAGAUGUGAGAGAGGCCAUUAAGACAAUAAAACAACAUCAGGUUUCAUCAUAAACAUGAAGCUGUAUGAAUUAGCGCAUCUUGUUCAUUCAAGUUAGUUCAUGUCAUCUUUAAUGGUAACUUGCUGCUCGUUAGAUGUUUGUUUUUGAAACAUUUUGCAAUAAUUUCAAACAUAAAAGGUGUUUGAAUGUCCAUACACAGUAUUUCCAGACUUGAUGUGAUUUAAUUAAUUUUUUUCUAAAACGUAUCUCUGACUGGCAGAUAACAGGGCCCCAAUGCCUUACAAAAACUAAUUUAACAAUAGAGAGUCUUUUAGGUUAAGUAAUUAUACAUUAAUAAUGAUUCAGCAUGACAUUCCCUCAUCCACCCUUACAAAUAAGUACCAUGGUGUCAGAUUGUAAUACAAUGUUAUUUGGAUAUAUACCUAUUGUGUUGAAUAACAACCAUAUUCAUAUAACAUAUGUACACUG